AUGGCUCUCUCUGUUGCUCCACAAAGUGGCGCAUCUGACCCCUCCACAAGCUAUCGCAAUCUGCAAUCCGACGUAUGGGCUCGUCAUGCCCACCUCCUGAGCAAGCAAACUGGAAAUGGUGCACAGCCCACCCUCGAUGCUGCGCUUACAGCUAACGCACAGCCUAAACUUCGACCGCCGCCCGAUGUAGAUGAAGAGGAUGGAUCAUGGCAUAUCGGCGUGGUGCAUGGCCUCAAGGGGAAGCUGAGAGCGCGGGAUCAUCCGCGCUGGCACCUUGUCCGACAGGUGGAAGCGCUGGGAGACGCUGAUGAAGCGUCAUCUGAACCUCGCAAAACGUCGCAAGCGGAGCUCAUUGGCCGGCCGGGCGGUCUUGGUCCCAACUUUGUGAGCCGCUUUCGAUCUGCACCAGAAAAGUAGACGAGAUCUGCGCAGAGUACAGGCUGAAGUUUGAUGAUGCCGAACCCGUGUCUAGAUCCCUGCCGAAAUCACCAUCAGAAACGACAGCUCUCAGCGUUUCGUGGACACUGGGUGUGGACAAUUGCCGGGCAGCAGCGUACGCAAUCCAGACUUGGCAUCUCGUUUCCAAGAGUGAGCUGCUUAGUGGAAGUGUGCUGACUUCAGGCAAGGUAUCUGAGUGCAGCUCUGCUUCGUCUGAUUGAUAGAUACCCGCGACUUGAGAAGCUCCUGCAUCUCAAAGGCGAAUCUUUGGCACGACACUCUCCACCACCCUACUACAUUCAAGCAGACUUGCGAGGCACGAUAAUGGAGUCUGACAAUUCAAAUGGCAAUCGGAGACAGGCCAUCGACAUUCUAUCUCCCGAUCUACUCGGACAGAUGCGCUUCGAUGCCAUUGUCAUUGAUGCGCCACUCGAAACUUACGAGUGGGAUGAUCCCACGGGUGCUGGCUCUGCUGCGUGGGACUGGUCACAGAUCGCGAGUCUGCCAGUGUCUGCCCUUGCAGCCAAAGAAAGGUUCGUGCCUCGUCACGUCCCUACGAAUCAUGCCACGAGGCUGACAACUUGUCUGCGCUUCCACUUGAAGCUUCAUCUUCAUCUGGGUAGGAUCAGGAGCAGGCGAUGGGCUGGAGCGCGGACGCGAAAUCCUCGCCAAGUGGGGUUAUCGCCGGUGCGAGGACAUCGUCUGGGUGCGCGCCGACUCGGAGCAAGCUAGGCAGAGCGAGCCAGCAGCUACGACCGCUUUUACUCGCACCGCUCAGCACUGUCUGAUGGGCAUACGAGGUACGGUGAGACGAAGCAGGGACCAUCAUUUCGUCCACUGCAACGUUGAUACCGAUGUCAUCCUGUGGCCCGGUGAGGUCAAGGAGAGCUCUGCAUCAGCCAGUGACGGCACCUCAAAGGGACACAAGCUCAUCGACGUCCGCAAAAAGCCUCCGGAGCUUGUCGCUCUCGCCGAACACUUUUGUCUAGGCACAAGAAGAUUACAGUUAUUCGGCGACAAUCGCGGUUUGCGCAGAGGUUGGAUCUCUAUCGGCGACUGUGUUGGGCCUGAUCAGCCUGGCUGGGCUGAGGCUGAGAGAGGCCUAAAUGCAUGUGCUGCAGGCGUCCAUGGAGCUGGUCCUGCCCCAGAUGGUUAUGUGCAGCCGCCACCGCAACCUUUCGAUCGGGCUUCUUGGCAAGCCUCCGUGAAUCUCGAGUCUGUCUCCGGGGACCCCAAUCGUACCGUGGACCAGUCGUUGCUACCCUUCGACGCACAAAUCGACGAGCUGAGACCCAAAUCUCCCACGCGUCAGGCAGGACGCGUCUCUGGUCCACAAGCUGCACAUUCUCCAACCCUUGGUUGGAACGGGACACAUCUGAGAGAACCACGAGGUGACUACAUACAAGGCUCGACCAUGCGUGCAGCUCCUUUGACUAGGCCUCUGGAAGCCGGUCUGCCCUACAAUCUUCAGCCGGGGAUGCUCGCUCCGCAGCAGUUCUCCGGCAGUUGGGCACCAAGUGGUUUACCAACAGACGACGCGUACACCUCAAGGCAGACGGCUCUGCAUGCAACUUUGCACGCACCAGGAGGAGCAGGUUUGUCGGGCCUUGGCGCUGGCGGACCUCGCACGGUCAGCAUUCCUUCAGGCAACGACACUCUGUCCGGCCCACAGGCUUCCGUUCUACUCGGUCGAGCCACCAGAGGCAUUGGACCUACAGGCUUGGGCAGGCCCAGGUAG